UUUCCUGUUCCUGCAGGCGACACUCAUAUUCAGUCUCUUCUCUGUCCUGUCCUUUUCAGUGGCUUGACUUCAUCGUUUUAUACACGCUAUUUUUUUUUUUCUCCUUUUAAGUUCUAUCCUUCCUCUAAAGGAGGUGCCAGGUGUAUGUUUGUACUUGUGAUUGUACAAUAUUUUCCACACAUUGAUCCGUGUUCCCUUUACUGUUUCUUAUCUGGGAUUUCGCUUCUUCUACCGUUGUUUGAUAAAUUCAAUCUCUUCAGCUUCACGCCUGUUUCCUCUUGGCUUCUUAGCUAGGGUCGUUUUUUGUUCACAUUAUCUGUAGAAUUGUCGUCUUGUUUUGUUUCUUUUUCCCAUUUCGCUUCAUAUCUUAUAUAUUUUGGCUUUUCUUCUUCAUGUUUCCUCUGCUUGGCUCCUAGACUUUUCUGGGUCAAUUUUCUUUCUCUUGUUCCUCGUCAGGGUUCGAUUUUCCUUGGUCUUGUUCAAAACCCAGUUUUCUUUUUAUCUUUUUUAUCUAUCUUUUGAGGAUUAAGUUAAACGAGAGGAAGAGGUCGCAGUUUGAUACAACAAUUUUGAUGAUAACUGGAAGUGUUUUGUUUUUUUGUAAUUAAGCUUAGAAAUGAAGUGUUUUUCGAUCUUCAAGGACAAAUCAAAGAGCAAGAAAAGAGAAUCAAGCUCUGCUCCUGAACUGAGGAACCAAAGUAAAUCGGAUAAUUCAGCACUGACUCGGACAUCAAGAUCUUUGCCAUCUCCAAGGAGCAUACCAGAGUUGUACAAAGAAAAGGAGCAUAAUUUGAGGGUCUUCUCUUUUCAAGAGUUGAGGGAUGCGACAAAUGGUUUCAACAGGAUGUUAAAGAUUGGAGAGGGUGGUUUUGGCAGUGUUUAUAAAGGAACAAUUAAGCCUCUCGAUGGUCAAGGUGAACCUAUAGUUGUUGCUAUAAAGAAGCUCAACACGCACAGUUUACAGGGUCAUAAGGAAUGGCUUGCAGAGGUUCAGUUUCUUGGUGUUGUUAAUCAUCCAAACCUAGUAAAACUUAUUGGAUAUUGUUCUGUAGAUGGCGAAAGAGGGAUCCAGAGACUGCUGGUGUAUGAAUUCAUGCCUAACCGGAGCUUAGAACAUCAUCUUUUUAGCACGACAUCCACUUUACCUUGGAAAACAAGAUUAGAGAUUAUGCUUGGUGCAGCAGAAGGGCUGGCUUACCUACAUGAAGGAUUGGAAGUCAAGGUGAUAUAUCGUGAUUUCAAAUCCUCAAAUGUGCUCUUGGAUGAAAAUUUUAAGCCAAAGCUCUCAGACUUUGGGCUUGCAAGGGAAGGGCCAACUGGUGAUCGUACUCAUGUGUCCACAGCGGUGGUUGGAACUUUUGGAUAUGCUGCCCCAGAAUAUGUUGAAACAGGCCAUCUCACAAUCCAAAGUGACAUAUGGACUUUUGGGGUGGUACUUUAUGAGGUCCUCACAGGGAGGCGAACAGUGGAAAGAAACCGCCCAACAUUGGAGCAGAAGCUUCUAGACUGGGUGAAACAAUUCCCUCCUGAUAGUAAACGAUUCAGCAUGAUAAUAGACCCUCGACUUAGAAACAAUUAUUCUCCCAGUGCAGCUCGAAAAGUUGGUAAGUUGGCUGAUAGCUGCCUAAACAAAAAUGCCAAGGAAAGACCAACAAUGAGCCAGGUGGUAGAGAGCUUAAAGCAAGCAAUACAAGACUCAGGCGAGGGAAGCUCUUCGGUCAGCAAGUCGCCUCUUACAUCUUCAUCUAGAAGCAGUGGGCGAAGAUCAAAAAAGGUUUGAACUAUGAAUGCCUGGAUUUUAAAUGAAAAUGGGAUACUCCUAUUUUCGUUGGUGUGUGCAGCUAAGUUAUAUCCAAAGGCGAGAGGUGAUGGAUCCCCUGAGGAAUUGUGAUGGAGUGUUCCAGUCAACUCAACUAUGCAAGACCUUGGUCUUUGCAUACAUUUUUUUACUACUAUAUUAUACCAUUCAUGGAUGGAAGAAGCAGCGAGUGACUAAAAAGGCGAGAUUAGUAGAAAUGCUUGUAAAUUACAGUAGCGAUUGUAAGUUCUUUUGCAUUAAAUUGCUAUAUAAAUUUCAUUGUUAAUGAAAAAGUUGAAGUAUUUUUUAUGUA